CCGAGAGUCCAGCAGCCGUGGCUGGGGUUUCAGUGACUUCCUUGUUGUGAGCCUCGGCCCGGCAGUGUCCGGACUCGUAGCUGUCCUUACCGGGACCGCUAGCCCGAGUCUAGGUCGCAGCCGCAACCCCAGCCGGUCGGGUCCCCUUUCAGCGCAGGUCCUUUCCCCGCACGCCCCGCGCUCCCUAACAUGCCCAACCCCGGCAGCACCUCCUCUCCCUACCCCCUCCCCGAGGAAAUUAGGAACCUGUUGGCAGAUGUUGAAACAUUUGUAGCAGACGUACUGAGAGGGGAAAAUUUAUCCAAGAAAGCAAAGGAAAAGAGAGACUCCCUUAUUAAGAAGAUAAAAGAUGUGAAGUCUAUCUAUCUUCAGGAAUUUCAAGACAAAGGUGAUAUAGAAGAUGGAGAAGAAUAUGAUGACCCUUUUGCUGGGCCUCCAGACACUAUUUCAUUAGCCUCAGAAAGAUAUGAUAAAGAUGAUGAGGCCCCCUCUGAUGGGAACCAGUUCCCUCCAGUUGCAGCACAGGACCUUCCUUUUGUGUUAAAGGCUGGCUACCUUGAAAAACGCAGAAAAGAUCACAGCUUUCUGGGAUUUGAAUGGCAGAAACGGUGGUGUGCUCUCAGUAAAACAGUGUUCUAUUAUUAUGGAAGUGAUAAAGACAAACAACAGAAAGGUGAAUUUGCAAUAGAAGGCUACAAUGUCAGAAUGAAUAACACUCUUAGGAAGGAUGGAAAGAAAGAUUGCUGUUUCGAAAUCUCUGCUCCCGAUAAACGUAUCUAUCAGUUCACAGCAGCUUCUCCCAAAGAUGCUGAAGAAUGGGUACAGCAGCUGAAAUUUGUAUUACAAGAUAUAGGGUCUGAUGUUAUUCCUGAGGAUGAUGAUGAAAGAGGAGACUUAUAUGAUGAUGUUGAUCAUUCUCUACCAAUCAGCAGUUCACCAGCAAGCAGCCAGCCAAUUGAUGAUGAAAUUUAUGAAGAACUUCCAGAAGAGGAAGAGGAUGGAGCUCCGAUGAAAGUGGAGGGGCAAAGGAAGAUGAGUCAGGACAGCAUUCACCACACCACAGGAGAUAAAAGCACCGAUUAUGCUAAUUUUUACCAGGGUUUGUGGGACUGCACAGGAGCUCUUUCUGAUGAAUUGUCAUUUAAACGUGGUGAUGUGAUUUACAUUCUUAGCAAGGAAUACAAUAGAUAUGGCUGGUGGGUAGGAGAAAUGAAGGGAGCCAUUGGCUUGGUGCCGAAAGCCUACAUAAUGGAGAUGUAUGAUAUUUGAGAGUCCUGGAAAAGGAAGAUUCCUCUGCUAGUGUGCAAAUGCUUUGGAUUGAGAAUCAUCGAGAAAGCAUGAGUGACAGCUCAUAACCUUUCUUUGUUUUGUUGAGCAUCGUUUGUCUUUGUUGUUUUAUGCAUUCAUUAUAAUAUUCCUCUGAUGUGAAAUUAAAUGAAGGAUAUUAAUGUAAAUUAGAUGCAAGCAGUAAAGUUUUACCUGUUGCUGUUUUUCAAAGAAAUAAUCAUAGGUUUAUUUACUCAUUUGAUUUGUGUGAAAAAUUCAGCACUAUUUUAUAUGUAUCACAUAAUCAUUGCUACUUCUAGUAAGAGUU